AUGACCAACCUCCUAUUUGAUGCAAUGAAGACGACAGUUUUGAUACUAUCCUUAUCCACUUCAGUUCUUGGAGGUGUCGUCCAUAGCGGAGACGAGCAGACUGAUCUAUUUGACACUCUUCAUCAUAAUGCCCAGGAUAACGAGGCAAUGCAAAAUCGGCGACUGAAUGUCAAGGUUGAUGUAUGUUUAGAUGCUACCAAAUAUUUUGGGUGGUCUGAUGGAAAUAACUUCUUGCGACAAAACUAUGAAUGCGCCUGUUCUGGGGAUCUGAGUAAAGACUUUACAAUGAAAUGUGAGAUGAGAAAUUACUGUUUCGAAGAUGAUGAUGGGAUCAACGAAAAGUGCAUUAGUCGAACGAAUAUUUAUGAUUUCCAUGUGGACCCAGAUACUGGCUUUAUAAAGGAAUUAAGAGGCAUUACUACCAUGGACUCAUACGAAUCUGGGUAUGAUUUCAGUGGCAACUUUACAUCCGUCAGUUCCUCAGCAUGUAUCCAAGAGGUGAGAUCAAGUUUUCCAGAGUAUGUUAUGGGUCAGGUGAUGGAAGUCUGCAACGAACAUUGCGAAGCUUUCUUGAGGAAGAACAAUUACUCGCAAGAACGAAUCGUAGAGCUGUGCCCUGUGACAAUUUUGGACGGCGUACAAUGCAACAGCCAUGGGCGAGUUUCAUGUCGAAAAAUGUAUGGCCGUCGAAACCAAAAUGAAACCGGCGCCGAUGCAAUGAUAUAUCUUUCGACUCCCGACUGCAGUAACGUUUAUCCAUGUCUGAAGAGCUCCUGUCAGGCGUAUCCCCAAGUCGAUAUAGCUCCACAGCGACGCCUCCUACAGUAUCCCAAGUGUGGCAUUGCAGGUGAGGAAGAAGACAAGACUUUGAUCCUUCUUGGGGAUGACGAUGAAAACGUUUUGGGAGGUCCAGCCAAAGUUGUUCAAAACAGUGCAGCGUAUGGGAGUUCAGUUCUUAUUUCACUAACAAUCGGAGCAAUUCCAUUCUUUGGCCUAUAA